CGGGGCCGGGGCGGAGGGCGCAGGCUCAUGCAAUGGCCACAGAUGACAGGACUCCCCCAACACUGGACGCGGCUAACGACUUGCCUCCAUCUCCUACCAGCCCUUCUCACCUCACACACUUUAAGCCUUUGACUCCUGAUCAGGAUGAGCCACCUUUUAAAUCUGCGUAUAGCUCUUUUGUAAACCUCUUUAGAUUUAACAAAGAGAGAGGAGAAGGGGGCCAGGGGGAGCAGCAGCAGCCUCUGAGUGGAAGUUGGACCAGCCCCCAGCUCCCAGUAAGGACACAAACUGUGAGGUCACCGCUGCCGUAUAAAAAGCACCUUAAUGAGGAGCUCCGCCGGCGCUCUGCAGCUGCGUCAGAUGCAAGAAGGAAAGCAGAACCCAACUUUGGAGGUCAUGACCCUCGAACAGCUGUUCAGCUUCGGAGCCUCAGUACAGUAUUAAGGCGCCUCAAGGAGAUCAUGGAGGGGAAAAGCCAGGAUAGUGACUUGAAGCAGUACUGGAUGCCAGACAGCCAGUGUAAAGAGUGCUACGACUGCAGUGAGAAGUUUACCACCUUCAGGCGCAGACAUCAUUGCCGACUCUGUGGGCAGAUUUUCUGCAGUCGUUGCUGUAAUCAAGAAAUCCCUGGCAAGUUUAUGGGCUACACCGGGGACCUUCGAGCUUGCACAUACUGUAGAAAAAUAGCCUUAAGCUAUGCUCACUCCACAGACAGUAAUUCCAUUGGAGAAGACUUGAAUGCCCUUUCUGAUUCUGCCUGCUCCGUGUCUCUGCUGGAUCCCAGUGAACCCCGAACACCUGUUGGAAGUAGAAAAGCCAGCCGCAACAUUUUCCUGGAGGAUGAUUUGGCCUGGCAGAGUUUGAUCCAUCCAGAUUCUUCAAAUUCUCCUCUGUCAACGAGACUUGUCUCUGUUCAAGAGGAUGCUGGGAAGUCUCCGGCCCGAAACAGAUCAGCCAGCAUUCCAAACCUGUCCCUGGAUCGAUCUGUGUCUCCUAUGGUGCCUUCUUACGAGACGUCUGUCAGCCCCCAGGCCACUCGCACGUAUGCGAGAACUGAGACCACGGAGGACGAGCGCAGACUGCUUCUGGACAGUGCGCAGUUGAAGGACCUGUGGAAGAAAAUCUGCCAUCACAGUAGUGGCAUGGAGUUUCAGGAUCACCGCUACUGGCUACGCACACACCCCAACUGCAUUGUGGGAAAGGAACUAGUCAACUGGCUAAUCCGAAAUGGACACAUUGCUACAAGGGCUCAGGCCAUAGCAAUCGGACAAGCGAUGGUCGAUGGCCGCUGGCUGGAUUGCGUUAGUCACCACGACCAGCUUUUCCGGGAUGAGUAUGCACUGUACAGACCUCUGCAGAGGACAGAGUUUCCUGAGACGCCUUCUCCGGACAGCGACUCUGUGAACUCCGUGGAGGGGCACUCUGAGCCGUCCUGGUUUAAAGACAUCAAGUUCGAUGACAGCGACACGGAGCAGAUGGCCGAAGAAGGUGACGAUAACUUGACGAAUUCUGCCAGUCCUAGCAAGCGCACAUCAGUAAGCAGUUUCCAGUCCACAGUGGACAGUGACUCAGCCGCCUCUAUCAGCCUGAACGUGGAGCUGGACAACGUGAACUUCCAUAUCAAGAAGCCCUCCAAGUACCCACACGUGCCCCCUCACCCUGCUGACCAAAAAGAGUAUUUGGUUGCUGACACCGGAGGACAACAGCUUUCAAUCAGUGACGCCUUCAUCAAAGAAUCGUUAUUUAAUCGCCGAGUAGAGGAGAAAUCCAAAGAGCUUCCUUUCACGCCCCUGGGCUGGCACCACAGCAACCUGGAGCUCUUGAGGGAGGAGAACGGGGAGAAGCAGGCCAUGGAGAGGUUGCUCUCAGCUAAUCAUAACCACAUGAUGGCACUACUUGAACAGUUGCUCCAUAAUGAGUCAUUGUCACCAUUGUGGAGGGACAUCAUCGUGCCACUGGUCUGCCAGGUUGUUCAGACAGUCCGGCCCGAUGUCAAGAACCGGGAUGAUGACAUGGAUAUCCGUCAGUUUGUCCACGUCAAAAAGAUCCCAGGUGGAAAGAAGUUUGAUUCUGUGGUUGUCAAUGGCUUCGUCUGCACCAAGAACAUUGCACAUAAAAAGAUGAAUUCUUGUAUUAAGAAUCCCAAAAUCCUUCUGUUGAAGUGUUCCAUUGAGUAUCUUUAUAGAGAAGAAACCAAGUUUACUUGCAUAGAUCCUAUUGUGCUUCAGGAAAGGGAAUUCUUGAAGAAUUAUGUUCAGCGAAUAGUGGAUGUUCGACCCACGUUGGUGCUAGUUGAGAAAACGGUGUCUCGGAUUGCCCAGGACAUGCUGCUGGAGCACGGCAUUACUUUGGUCAUUAAUGUAAAAUCACAAGUGUUAGAUCGGAUCAGCCGGAUGACCCAAGGCGAUUUGGUGAUGUCGAUGGACCAGCUGCUUACAAAACCACACCUGGGCACUUGUCACAAAUUUUAUAUGCAAAUGUUCCAGCUGCCUAGUGAACACACCAAAACGCUGAUGUUUUUCGAAGGCUGCCCACAGCACCUCGGCUGCACUAUCAAACUGAGAGGGGGCUGUGACUACGAGCUGGCCCGAGUUAAGGAGAUCCUCAUAUUUAUGAUCUGCGUAGCCUACCAUUCCCAACUAGAAAUCUCCUUCCUUAUGGAUGAGUUUGCUAUGCCGCCCACGUUGACCCAGCACCCCUCCUUCCACUCUCUGAUUGAGGGAUGCUGUGAGGAAGGGGCUGCACAAGAGCAGUUCAGCGGAAGUCCCCUCCCCCGGGACCCUGACCUGCCUCCCGAGGCUCUGCCCACUGAAGACAGCGGUUUGUCAGACUCCAGGAUUGUGGUUGAGAAGGCUGACCACGAGAACAAGAGUCUUCUACUCGAUGUUGCCUCUUUGAAGCAUCAGGAGUGCGUGGCGACUGCAUGCCUGUCCGGGAUCCCCUGCGCUAUCUUUCCAUCGCUGCCAGAGUCACUGCUGCCGCUCCACAUCGAUGACCGCCAGCCCGUCGUUGGCAGUGAGCAGCCAACUGAUGAGCUCCAAGACCCCAAGGGCCAGACGCGAGCCUUUAGAGACCCUCUCCAGGAUGACAGCGGAGUCUAUGUCACCCAGGAAGUUGCUCCCUCUGAAGAUAAACGCCAGACUUACUCUCUGGCCUUCAAGCAAGAACUGAAAGAUGUGGACUGUCUGAGCCCUGUGAACCACCAGAGACUGUGCGUGCUCUUCAGCAGCUCUUCCGCGCGGUCCAGCAACGCGCCCAGUGCCUGCGUCAGCCCUUGGAUUGUAACAAUGGAGUUUUAUGGAAAGAAUGAUCUCACAUUAGGAAUAUUUUUAGAGAGAUACUGCUUCAGGCCUUCUUAUCAAUGCCCGAGCAUGUUCUGUGACACCCCCAUGGUGCAUCACAUUCGGCGUUUUGUCCAUGGCCACGGCUGUGUGCAGAUAAUCCUGAAGGAAUUGGAUGCUCCAGUACCUGGCUAUCAACAUACAAUCCUCACAUAUUCCUGGUGCAGAAUCUGCAAACAGGUAACACCGGUUGUUGCUCUUUCCAAUGAUUCUUGGUCCAUGUCAUUUGCAAAGUACCUUGAACUUCGCUUUUAUGGCCACCAGUACACGCGGAGAGCCAAUGCUGAGCCUUGUGGUCACUCUAUCCACCAUGAUUAUCACCAAUAUUUCUCUUAUAACCAGAUGGUGGCAUCCUUCAGUUACUCUCCCAUUCGGCUUCUUGAAGUAUGUGUUCCACUCCCCAAAAUAAUCAUUAAGCGUCAGGCCCCAUUGAAAGUGUCCCUUCUUCAGGAUCUGAAGGACUUCUUUCAAAAAGUGUCGCAGGUAUAUCUUGCUGUUGAUGAAAGACUUGCAUCUUUCAAAACUGAUACAUUUAGCAAAACUAGAGAGGAAAAAAUGGAAGACAUCUUUGCACAAAAAGAGAUGGAAGAGGUCGAAUUCAAGAACUGGAUUGAGAAGAUGCAGGCCAGGCUCCUGUCCUCCUCCGCAGACGCCCCCCAGCAGCUGCAGUCCAUGUUUGAGUCGCUCAUUGCCAAGAAGCAAAGUCUCUGUGAAGUGCUGCAAGCUUGGAACAGCAGGUUGCAGGACCUUUUCCAGCAAGAAAAGGGCAGAAAACGACCUUCUGUCCCUCCAAGUCCUGGGAGGCUGAGACAAGGGGAAGAAAACAAGAUAAGCACAAUGGAUGCUUCCCCACGGAAUGUGUCUCCGGGGCUUCAGAAUGGAGAGAAGGAGGAUCGCUUCUUAACGACUCUGUCCAGUCAGAGCUCCACCAGCUCUACCCAUCUCCAGUUGCCCACGCCACCCGAAGUCCUGACUGAGCAGAUGGUAGGAGGGCCCCCUGACCUGGAUACAGCGAGCACUUCUGAAGAUGUGUUUGAUGGGCAUUUGCUGGGAUCCACAGACAGCCAGGUGAAGGAAAAGUCAACCAUGAAAGCCAUCUUUGCUAAUUUGCUUCCAGGAAAUAGCUACAAUCCCAUUCCGUUUCCUUUCUUUCCAUCUAUUUCUACCCUAAGUUGUAAAGAAUAUCGAAAUGCCUUAGAGGAAUUGUCCAAAGCGACUUUGCGGAACGGUGCUGAAGAAGGGUUUCAAACAAACAGUGCUUUAGACAGCAGACCAAAGAGCAGCAGCCCUGUCAGGCUACCAGACAGCAGUGGAGGACAGACGAACCGAACUGCAGAAGCAGAACCACAGCCAACUAAAAAGGCUUCUGGAGUGCUGUCCUUCUUCCGAGGAACGGCAGGGAAGAGCCCAGACCUCUCUUCCCAAAAGAGAGAGACCUUACGUGGAGCAGACAGUGCUUACUACCAGGUUGGACAGAUGGGCAAGGAGGGGACGGAGAACCCAGGCACUGAGCCUCAAGAUGAGGCAGAUGGAGGAGAUACACAGAAGAAACCACUCACAAACCCGCACGUGGAGCUUCAAUUUUCCGAUGCGAACGCCAAGUUUUACUGCCGGCUCUACUAUGCGGGAGAGUUCCACCAGAUGCGGGAAGUGGCCCUGGGCAGCAGUGAGGAGGACUUCAUCCGCUCCCUCUCCCACUCGUCCCCGUGGCAGGCCCGUGGGGGCAAGUCAGGCGCUGCUUUCUAUGCCACCGAAGAUGACAGAUUCAUUUUGAAGCAGAUGCCUCGUCUGGAAGUCCAGUCUUUCCUGGAUUUUGCCCCACACUACUUCAAUUACAUUACAAAUGCUGUCCAGCAAAAGAGGCCCACCGCUUUGGCCAAAAUCCUUGGAGUUUACAGAAUUGGUUAUAAGAACUCUCAGAAUAACACUGAGAAGAAGUUGGAUCUCCUUGUCAUGGAAAAUCUUUUCUAUGGGAGAAAGAUGGCACAGGUUUUUGACUUGAAGGGUUCUCUCAGGAAUCGAAACGUGAAAACAGACACUGGGAAAGAGAGUUGUGACGUCGUCCUGCUGGAUGAAAAUCUUUUAAAGAUGGUUCGAGACAACCCACUGUAUAUCCGUUCUCACUCCAAAGCUGUGCUGAGAGCCUCCAUCCACAGCGACUCCCACUUCCUCUCUAGCCACCUUAUCAUAGACUAUUCUUUGCUGGUUGGUCGAGAUGAUGCCAGCAACGAGCUGGUGGUUGGAAUUAUAGAUUAUAUUCGAACAUUUACAUGGGACAAAAAGCUUGAAAUGGUUGUGAAAUCAACGGGCAUUUUAGGAGGACAAGGCAAAAUGCCAACUGUUGUCUCUCCAGAACUGUACAGGACUAGAUUUUGUGAAGCAAUGGACAAGUACUUCCUGAUGGUGCCAGACCACUGGACAGGCCUGGGUCUGAACUGCUGAAGCUGCAAGCGCCCAUUUUGAAAUGGACUACACAAGACAGGGACCUAAAGCAAAGGACCAAAAAUAAGUUACAUGUUUUGUGUCUUCCGCACACUCACCACUGUAUGCAAAGGCCUCUCGGCUGUGAGGCGGUUCAGACUGUCCGUAACCGCAGGGCCAGAGCUGAGUGGAUUUGCACUUUGGGUUUUGCUUCCUGUGAGUUAGCUAGUUGCCGGAACUUCUCACUUGAACUUAAGUACAGUGGCGAGUUUCAGAGGCUGAAGGACUUGGUUAAAGUCAUGGUUGGCGAUGACGUCACCGUGUGAAACCUUAGGUGUCCGGAAGAAAGCAGUGUUUUCUCGGCCGUAACUCCUGGCAUCACGCUGGAUACUUCCUUAUGUUUGGGAAACUUUGUAGAGCUGGUGAGUUUGUUCUGUGUGUCUUCUAUAAUCAUCUUAACGUUACUCGUGUGAAUGUCUGAAGCCUUUAAAAAUAACUUCUAAUGAUCCGUUAUGGCCAGUUCAAACAGGUUGGCAAGAUCAAUCUGCUAUGUUCUUUUCCUGAGUGCUUUGUCUAAUUUGAGAAUCCCCUUGUUUCUUUCGAACUUGGUUUGUUUUGAGGAUGUUCGGUGUUUUUAAAUGUCUGUCUUCUCUGUGGUGACAGGAGACUGCAGCCAUGAAGCUUAAGCUUUUUUUGGAGGGGUUUUUUUUUUCACACUUGCUUCCAGUUUUUAUGAAGUUAGUAUGGUAACAACACUCACUAACAUGUUCAUAUUUUAGGUUUUCUUCUUUCUCGUUUGAGGAUAGCAACAUUAGUAAAUGAGAUGGCAACUAGUAGAUCCCCAAAGAGAAAAUUAUUAAUACUUUUUUUUUUAAUCUUAAAAAAAUGUGUUCCAAUCUAAGAAAUAAGGUGAGCAAGGAGCUCUUCCUUGCUUUGUGUAAAGUGUGGUCUUCAAUGUAACCAGUCAUGUAAGUGGCAUCUAUACAGGUUUCCAUUGUGGACAUCAGUGAUUUCUAAUUUCCUGAGAAAUCUUAGGGGAUAGUUAUUCUGAUAGGAACUUACUAUUAAUGGUCCGCACUUUAGGUUUUAAAAGUGAUGAGAGGUACUAAACUAUCUCUGAGGAAACAGGUCCUCUGGCUUUCCUCUGUAAUAAGGAUCGGUUGGGAAUUUAUCAUUUUAAGCAUCCCUCUCUUUUCAUGCUUUUCUGCAUAGCACAUUUCUGCACUAAUAGUUUUCACAGAACAAAAAGCCCUGGAUAUAUUUCAAUUAGAUGGUCUAUAAAAAACAAACAAAAGAAGCUUUUAGAAAACUUGCUUCCAAAAAUGAAUGUAUCAGUUUGGUGUUUGAUGCUUAUUAGAAACCUGGCCUGUUUUGAAUGGGAACAAGUUGAAUGGAGAUUUCUGACGAAUUUGCUUUAUUCUUUAAAGAAACAUGCAUGUGCCUUGUGAGGACACAUAACACACUGGUGAUUUCAGUUUUGUGUUAAGGACUCCCAAUGGUGUGGUACCAAGGUCUGAGAGAAGUGGAACCCUUACUUUUACGUAUCCACAGGGAUAAUGGCUUUUCUACCUGCUCUCGAAUGUACAUAAUCACUGCCCUCUGCUUAUUGUAUGCAUAGGGCCAGAUUAUUUGGAGUUCUUAUCUCACCCGUCACUUGUGGCCCCGCUCACUCACGCACAGGUCAAGUGCAAGGUGUCUUCCACCCAUAACUGGACAGUUUCUGUUUUUUUUCAAUACCAUGUGCAUCGCUGAAAUACUUCCUGGUGACAGUUCCUGGUAAUAUAUGUACAGUGGCUUUAUUUACCUUGACCAUGAUUUAAAAAUUUUUUUGUUAAAAGUACUGCUACCUCAUAAGUUAAUUUUUGUGGUUAAGAAAACAGUUCCAGUGUGAUAUAUCUUAAAGCAGUAGUUACUGCCUUGCAAGGGUAACUGUCUUGAAAAAAACAAAUGUCUGGGCUGUAUCAGUGAAGGGCCAAUAUGAGAGUUAGUAUUUGUUUUGAAUGGCAGAAUUGUGCUCCAUCUGUUCCUGUUCUGUGUAUACCACCCUCAUAGAAAAGCUGUUUCAAAUAAUCUGCUACUUCCAGGGAUGCACUAAAUGGGCGGGGAUUUUCCUCUCUUCAAUUUCCUUUCAAGGUCUGGAGAACAUUAAUGUUGGAAAGGCAGUGAUGAGGAAGAAAUCUUGAUACUUUUUUCCUUAGAAUAAAACUGGAGCCCUGAAAAUAAUUGGUAAUAGGAUAGAAAAGUCUCAUGAACAUGGUUUUUGUGUAAAAUAACUUAUUUAUAAGUGAAGUUUUUUGAUGCCAUCUGAAAUUUAUUAAAAAUUAAGGACUUACUUUUUUUUUCUUGUGUAAGCCUGAGAAAAAUAGAAUGAAGCAGUUGAAAUCCCUUUUCAGUCUAUUAAAGACUUUAAAUUCAUAGAUUCUCAAAAUGUCCUACAAAACGCCUCCUUCUUCCUUGCUGCAGGUGGUUUUGGGGCACUCUCUGGUGGCUGGUCUUGUAAAUGGUAGGGUGCAUUUGUUUUGUGGCUGCAGCUUCUCCUUGGCAUUCUACCCUCUCGUAGUGGCUUGUGUAAAACUGCCAAAGAAGGUACUCUCUUCAUGUAGAAAGUUUGCUUGGCCGUCGGAGUGGAAACUAUUGUGAAUGAGCCUAAUUGUGAAGCUGACCAGGGCCAUUCACUAGUCCUCAAGUGUUAAGGUACUCAUUUAUGCAGUAUUCAAAUCAUCUAGUGCAAUGCCUUUUUGGGGGUUUGUGUUUGUAACAAGGGUGCAGUGUAUUAUAGAAAAAUAAAAAUUACAAUCGAGCAGUUUUUAAUGCUUUUAUCAGUUUUGUAAAAAAAUGUACAUUGUGUCUUUUGACAAGUUUAAUUUUAACUAGAGAAAUGAUGUUGUAAAUCAUAAUAGCCUCUUUCAAUUUGAUAAAUUCAAUUACCAAUAUUAAAAGCACUAAGUGUAUUAUAUUGUAUAUAUUUCUGAACUUUGGUUCCAGCUGUGUUUUAUAUGAUUGAGGUGUUAUUUAAAGAGAUAACUGAUUUGACCUUUUGGAGAAAUGUACUGUAAAUAAAAAUAACUUACAAUAAACUGAGAAUGUACUCACUCCA